CACUCCUAGGAAAACAAGCCAGCCUUCUUGGGAACAGAACCCCAGAGCACAGCAGUACACCUUCUCUCAUCUCUCCCUCGAUGCCUAUCUCUGAUCUCAGGAUGUGGACUCUACUGCUUGGGGUUAUUUUCGGACUUCUGGCACCUGUUCAGUCCGACCCUGUUCCUGCCUCGACAGAACCUCCCGCUCUGGCUGCUGGGGAUUUUCUUGGGGAAACUUUCAAGAUCUUCAAGAAGCUUGUAGUGGGUCCCCCGGAUGCCACCAAUGGAACAUCCAGCAGUGACGAAACAGUGGACCUAGAUCAUUUGGUGACCCCUGACCCUGUGACAUCUGACCCGGAAGACCAGCUGCCCACCUUUGACCCAGAGGAGGGCAGCACAGAUGAAACAGAGGGCAGCACUACAGAGGACAGUAUGAAACACCCCACUUCAGGACAAGACGAUGAAGGGGAGCUGUUUGACGCCAACCUUAAACCUAGCUUUAACCUCCGCCCCAGUCCAACUCCUCGCCCCAGUCCAACUCCUCGCCCCAGUCAAAGCAACACAGAGGACAAUUAUGAAAAGUACGACUAUGAUUCCAGUCCAAGUGAUAGACCUGAUUCACCAGAGGAAGAUGAAAUGAUCCUGGAUACCGAAAGCCCCACAGCAGAGUUUGUCCCCACAGCAGAGUUUGUCCCCACAGCAGAGUUUGUCCCCACAGCAGAGUUUGUCCCCACAGCAGAGUUUGUCCCCACAGCAGAGGUUGUCCCCACAGUAGAGUUUGUCCCCACUGCAGAGUUUGUCCCCACAGCAGAGUUUGUCCCCACAGCAGAGUUUGUCCCCACAGCAGAGUUUGUCCCCACAGCAGAGUUUGUCCCCACUGCAGAGUUUGUCCCCACAGCAGAGUUUGUCCCCACUGCAGAGUUUGUCCAGAGUUUGUCCCCACAGCAGAGUUUGUCCCCCUGCAGCAGAGUUUGUCCCCACAGCAGAGUUUGUCCCCACUGCAGAGUUGAACCCCACCACUGA